UCUCGACAAUCAACAACUCCAUCUCAUACCAAGCCUCAAACAACCUUCUAAACAAACAUCCACCAUGAAGUUCUCCAGCUUUGCCAUCUUUGCCGCUGCCGCCCUUGUUCAGGCCUCCCCAGCCCCCUCCCCAGCCCCCUCUCCCGCCCCCGAACCAGGCCUCUUCGACGACAUCUCAACCUUCAUCACCGGCGCCGCCGGCAAGGUCUCCUCCUUUGUCGACAACGUCCACUCCAACUGGGACGAGGGCAAGUCCAAGGGCCACGCCGUCAACUCCGCCAUCGACUCCAUCUUCGACUCCGACAAGCCCUCAAAGGUCAUUGCCAGCCUCACCUCCGAGGCCGCACCCCUCUUCAGCUCUCUCAGCAGCGUCGCCGCCACGGCCACCGGCGCCGCCGCGUCCUCCGUCAGCGCCGACAUCUCCAAGCUCAGCGCCUCGCUCGCCAGCGAGACCAGCAAGGCUGCUGCCGCCGCCUCGUCGGACCACGACGAUGCUGCUGCGCCGAUGCAGACGGGCUUCAUGGCCAUGGGUGCGCUGCUCGGCGGUGCCGCUGUUCUCGCUAACAUGUGAGGCGGUUUUCAUUCAAUCCUGUUCGUAACUGGUUUCUCUAAUGGGACGUCACGAGGCGAAAACUUUUGGUAGCAUGGGACGGGAAUGGGUGACGGGUACUCGGGCUUGGUUGCGGAUUGUGAACACGGAUGGCCGCUGGAAUACCCUUAAAACUCGCGGGAGCAGAACGUGGCACGCCUUGGUCCCUUCAAUUAUGUAUGAGUAUACAGUCAUUGAGCGCGGCAAGUCUUGAUAUAAGAACGGUCUAAAGAUG